CAUUAAGUAGAAGCUAAAAGUAAAAAGUAAUAUAAAAACAAAACAGCAUUAAACUUCAGUUAGAUACAGUUGCUUUCUCUCUUCAAAAAAAUCGGGGGGGGAGGAUUAAUAAAUGUUAAGGUUUUUUAAACAUAUAUUAAGUACCAAACAGACUUUCUCUUUGAGGACUCAGAAAGUCCUCAAAAGACUCGUGAAGGAGCAAGAAUUGGAAAAGGAUUAAAUGAGAUUAUUGCUUCGUCCGAGAGCCAACAGAUUAUCACACAUCUCACACCCUGGGCAAUCCUUUGAAGAAUUUUGUCUCUAGCCAUACAAAGUGCACUAUGCCCUGGGUUUAUCUAAGUCCUGUGCUGUUGCCCAGGCUGAGUGCAAUGGGGCCAUCUUGGCUCACUUCAACCUCCGCCUCCCAGGUUCAAGCAAUUCUCCUGCCCCAGCCUCCCGAGUAGCUGGGACUACAGGCACACGCCACCAUGCCUGGCUAAUUUUUUGUGUGUCUUUAAUAGAGCCAGGGUUUCAUCACGUUGGCCAGGCUGGUCUCGAACUCCUGACCUCAAGUGAUCCGCCCAUCUUGGCCUCCCAAAAUGCUGGGAUUACAGGUGUGAGCCACCAGGCCCGACCCUUAGAUGUGUUCUCAAAAACCCAGUGAUAAGCAUUGGGACCAGGAGGAGAAGCUACAUGCAGGUAGAAGCCAGACCUUGGCAUCCUGGGAGGAGGAGCUUCCCUAUGUGACCAGGAGUUGGGGGACCCCAGCAGAACCUGGCCUCUGCUUGGCACAGUGGCGUUGGGGACCAGCCAAAUCCUGCAGGCCUUGCAGAGCUCCAAAAUACUUUACUUAUUAAGCUUUCACUUAAAAUCUCAUUUGUAACUGCACUGGAAGUGGCCAGUUCACAAAUGUGAUGCAUCAGAGAUUAGCACGUUGGAACCACCAACCUGUCACCUUGUGGUGUGAGGUCAUCUCGACUUCGUAAGCCCUCAGCAUACCCAGGCUUCUCCCAAAACCUGUGAGUUGGAGCACACACAGAGAGAACAGUCUGAAACUCUUAUAAUUUGCAGCUUUUUAUCUGUAUGAAUCAGAGUUCCUGUCCAUUCCUGUGCAAGCACAGACACAGGCUGGCUUAGAAACCAGCAGCGGACAUAAACCUCUGCUACCCAAGUGUUGCAAUCCUCAAAGCAGCCUUGUGGUUGAAAGUGGAGAUUUUUACCCAUGACCUCAGGAUCAUGAAGGCAGCACCCUAUGGUAAAGCAGUAGAUUGCCAAAGCUCUUCUGAAAGGAAUGUGGGGCUUUCAAUAAUCGGCACUGGCCUUGAACCCAGGUAGGAGGGCACCUGCCAUGGACCCCACGCUUGAGAGGCCCUUACGUGUCACAGACCCACACGCAGGACGGGCUCCUAUGUCCCUGGGAUACAGCACUCAGUGCCGGCCCGGACUUAGCCUCCACUCUCGCACAACGACCACCCAAGCCUCGAAGAAACGCUGUCUGCGUCUCCCGCUUGACAACCUUGAAACAAAAGCCCACUUCGUCUAAAUGCUGUCAAGGCAGGUAGGUUGUGUGUCACCAACAGAGACAGACAUUGCACUGGAGUAGAGGCAGGGUCUGAGAGGUGGAAGAGCUGAAGUGAGACAAGAGGUGCAGUCAUUGAAUUGUCUGGUCCUUCCUCUCUGAUAGCAGGAGUCCAAGAGCCUCUUGCCUGACAAAGUCCAGCUUGCCAUGGAGCAGGUGUAAUUUAUGAAUCUCACUCGACUGCAUUCAGGUACUCAUCCAGACGGUGCCGGCCCAUCCAUACGAUGCACAGUCAUCUCUGACAUCUUGCUGACCCGUAGGCACAUAAAAACAUAGCUGUACCCAGUUUUUUUACAACUGUAUUGUUAGACAGGACAGAGGCUAGAAAAUAUUUUAUUAGAACCCAAAGAUGGGUCCUGAGCCUGGCAUCGUCAUUUAUGAGCUGUGUGGCCAUUACUAAAUUUGCAGUAAGUAAAUGUGUCCAUUUUGGCUGGGCGUGGUGGCUCAUGCCUUAAUCCCAGCACUUUGGGAGGCCAAAGCAGAAGGAUCACUUGAGUCCAGGAGCUGGAGACCAGCCUGGGCAACAUAAUGAGACCCCCAUCUCUACAAAAAAUAAAAAUAAUAUUAGCUAGAUGUGGCAGUGAGCACCUGUAGUCCCAGCUACUUGGGAGGCUGAAGUGGGAGGAUUGCUUGGGUCCAGGUGGUCGAGGCUGCUAUGAUCAUGCCACUACACUCCAGCCUGGGUGACAGAGUGAGACCCUGUCUCAAAAAAAUAAGUAAAUGUAUCCAUUUUAAUGUAUAAAAACAAUGUAAACCAGUAAAAUUAAUUUUUUAUGUAAAAUUUUUCAUAUUGGCCUUCAAGUGACGUGUUUGUUAUUAAAAUGCUUCUGUGGUCGUUUGGUAAACAGAGUUUGAAACUUGAGCAAGACGACUAGCAGGCCCUGCCGAACUGCACUGCUGAUGCUGCAGGCUGAGCCGCCUCCUCCCUGGCCGUCAUGUUCAUUCUCAGGUCGGCUCUCGGUGGCUGCUUGCAGUGGUGACAAUGCUGCUGGGCUGGGUGCUGCUGGCUCCAGGCACCUCUUGGAAUGAGUUGUGAUUUUUGUGUCUCCUUUUGCAGCUCUGACCAGAAAGCCCACAUCAACACAGGACACUUGCUCUUUCUGAUCUGCAAAGGCCGCCUCUCAGAGAGGCCCAGGUGCCCACAGGCCUGGCCUCUGGGGCUGUUCCCACAGCUGGCAUGGACGACCCUCUGAACAUUUCUGAUGUCAUCCGUGCUGUCCUUAAGCAGCAGCGCUAUUCACCCUGGGAUCUGGGGCAAAGUGCUGGUGUCCACGUGAGGAGGGGGUAGGAGGUGUCCCUGGGGAUGGGGAAGCAGUGCUGGGUGGAGAUGGCUGCCGAGAGGAAGCGGUGGAGAGACGGGUGUGCAUUUCUCCUCCCUCGCAGCGGCUGCCCAUGCAAGGGCAGCUCUUAGGAGAAUAACCACGGGCAGACAAUGAAAUGUGGGCAGAAAUGUGGUGAGGGGGUCUCAGCCCUCAAGGAGGGUCUCGCCCAGAGCUCCCCACAAGGCCAGCAGCCUCCUGAGCCUCAUUCCACUGGCAGAAGGCUCCGAGCUGACAAGCCCUGGCCCGAUUCUAAGUGUGUCGAGUGGUGGAGGAAUGUCAGUCCAGCAGGGGAGUUCCGCGGAGAAUUUCCUCCCUUAUGGGAAGUGGGAUGGAGGCAGGACAAGUAGAAACCUCUAUCCCCACAGCCAGCAGGGCCGCCCCCUGGGAGGAGGCACUAGGAGGGCACCGAGGUUGGUAGAAACCUCCAUCCCCAGGGCUCCCACACCCUCACAGCCAGCAGGGCUGCCUGGGAGGAGGCACCAGGUGGGCACCGAGAUUGGUCUGGGUUUGAGCCCUGUGCCAGCACCUGCGCGCGUGUGACCGUGGGAAAGGCACGUCCUUCAGCAGUUGUUUACUGAGCACCUACUGUGUGCAGGGCCCUGUGUACCCAUCAGCACAGCAACCCCACCUGCCCCUUGGGCACACCUUGGCAAGAUGUGCCCCUUUUCCAGGUGCUACCACCGAGGCUGCAGAUGCUCCGGAGGAGCUGCGGCAGAGGACGGGAGCGGGGCCAGCUGGGCCCUCAGGCAGAGCCACCCUGAGGCUGCCCACCACUAACCAGGCACCCCAGCAAGCCCAGGGCAGGACUUUGUGAUGCGACAAAUGGCCCAGCCUGGCCUCUUGUCCCCCAGCUCCCCUGUUACCACGUCAGGGGGUGUCACCUGGGGGAGGGCCAGCCCCACUGUGUCCACUCCUCCCUGGCCAACUGGUCACCUCUGUCACCUCUGCCGCACCCGGCCCCUUCAUUGUCAGUUUACACAUUCAAAACCACUGGGAAGCCGCAGACCAGGCGCCGUGGGAUGGGGAAGUGGAGACCGAGAGGCUGCUGCCGGGGAAGUAUGCAGUACAGACAAGAGGUCUGCUGCCAGCCCUAAGCCCCCCACCAGCCAUGAGCUCCUCCGGAAAGGACCACCUCGGUGCCAGCAGCUCAGAGCCCCUCCCAGUCAUCAUUGUGGGUAACGGCCCCUCUGGUAUCUGCCUGUCCUACCUGCUCUCCGGCUACACCCCAUACGUGAAGCCAGAUGCCGUCCACCCACACCCCCUGCUGCAGAGGAAGCUCACCGAGGCCCCGGGGGUCUCCAUCCUGGACCAGGACCUGGACUACCUGUCCGAAGGCCUCGAAGGCCGAUCCCAAAGCCCCGUGGCCCUGCUCUUUGAUGCCCUUCUGCGCCCGGACACAGACUUUGGGGGAAACAUGAAGUCAGUCCUCACCUGGAAGCACCGGAAGGAGCACGCCAUCCCCCACGUGGUUCUGGGCCGGAACCUCCCCGGGGGAGCCUGGCACUCCAUCGAAGGCUCCAUGGUGACCCUGAGCCAAGGCCAGUGGAUGGGGCUCCCGGACCUGGAGGUCAAGGACUGGAUGCAGAAGAAGCGAAGAGGCCUUCGCAACAGCCGGGCCACGGCCGGGGACAUCGCCCACUACUACAGGGACUACGUGGUCAAGAAGGGUCUGGGGCAUAACUUUGUGUCCGGUGCUGUAGUCACAGCCGUGGAGUGGGGGACCCCUGAUCCCAGCAGCUGUGGGGCCCAGGACUCCAGCCCCCUCUUCCAGGUGAGCGGCUUCCUGACCAGGAACCAGGCCCAGCAGCCGUUCUCACUGUGGGCCCGCAACGUGGUCCUCGCCACAGGCACAUUCGACAGCCCGGCCCGGCUGGGCAUCCCCGGGGAGGCCCUGCCCUUCAUCCACCAUGAGCUGUCUGCCCUGGAGGCGGCCACAAGGGUUGGUGCGGUGACCCCGGCCUCGGACCCUGUCCUCAUCAUUGGCGCGGGGCUGUCAGCGGCCGACGCGGUCCUCUACGCCCGCCACUACAACAUCCCGGUGAUCCAUGCCUUCCGCCGGGCUGUGGACGACCCUGGCCUGGUGUUCAACCAGCUGCCCAAGAUGCUGUACCCCGAGUACCACAAGGUGCACCAAAUGAUGCGGGAGCAGUCCAUCCUGUCGCCCAGCCCCUACGAGGGUUACCGCAGCCUCCCCAGGCACCAGCUACUGUGCUUCAAGGAAGACUGCCAGGCCGUGUUCCAGGACCUCGAGGGUGUCGAGAAGGUGUUUGGGGUCUCCCUGGUGCUGGUCCUCAUCGGCUCCCACCCCAACCUCUCCUUCCUGCCUGGGGCAGGGGCUGACUUUGCAGUGGAUCCUGACCAGCCGCUGAGCGCCAAGAGGAACCCCAUUGACGUGGACCCCUUCACCUACCAGAGCACCCACCAGGAGGGCCUGUACGCCGUGGGGCCGCUGGCCGGGGACAACUUCGUGAGGUUUGUGCAGGGGGGUGCCCUGGCUGUGGCCAGCUCCCUGCUAAGGAAGGAGACCAGGAAGCCACCCUAACACUUGGCCAGACCUGCUGGCUCCCAGGCCCUGAGAGGACAAAGAUGACCACAUCCCUGCUGGAUGCAGGGCCCGUCCAAAGAUGCCCCAGGGAGGGGCGUCAGCCCACGUUGCUGGCCUUUGGGGUCAAGAGGAGUAGGGAUCCCAGGCUGCCCCGGACUUAGACCAGUGUCUGAGGUGGUAACAGUGGCCGCAGGCCAGGGUCGGCCUAGACCUGGGAUGUGUGGGGAAAGCUGCUGGUGUGACCAGCUGAGCACCCAGCCAGGAGACCUGCAGGCCUGCGCCUUCGAGAAGCAGGUCCCAAAUAAAGCCAGUGCCCACCUGCA